AUGACUCCGAAAAUUCCCUACCUGGCCGACGGUCAAAUGACCUUUUUCCUCCUGUGCAACCGAGUCAUUCAGUGGUUGAGCAGCGAGAUAGUUCUCGGAAUAACGGUCCCCAUUCAUCAACGUUGGGCUGUUGGUUCCGUGGUUAAAUUCCUACCUGCUUUUGUAUCACCAUUCCUGACCAUACCAGUAAAGGACUUUGUGGUUUUCAUUGAUGUGAUUUUUUCAUAUCUUUGGCUCGCUGCAUUUAUAUUCUCCGCAGUGGACUACAACCAGAAUAAUUGCAAUGCUAACGCAUCCCCAGGGGUCGCAUGCUCCAAGAAAUGGGCGAAUAAAGCCUUAAUUUUUCUGGUAUUCCUUGUCGCUCUGGAUCGACGAGAAAAACCACCGAAUCUGCUCAAAGUCGGAUGA